UAUCCUGGUCAUAUUUGAUAUGUAGAUUACCGCAAUAACUUUUAAUAAUUUGAAUAUGGGAAUGGCUCAGAAUAUUUAUUUCUUUUUCAGAACUUUUCUUAUUGUUUUAUCAAUAUGGAUCUUGUUUGGAAAAGUCACUGUCGACGUGAACCAAUGCGGGACCCUGAAGAUAGAACAGCCGACUAUAUUGGGCAGAAAUGUUACUUUUACUUUUACUCCGGAAACAACCUCAGACGCAGACCUCAAAUGGCAGCGAACAAAUAAAAGAAAUCCAUGGGCCACUCUUCCUGACAAAGCCAAGUUUACACAGUAUUUCCAAGAUGGGACAUAUUACUUGAUUUUAACUGACACUGCCAGAUGGUAUGACGAAAUAUUUUACCGGGUUGAUUAUAGGAACAGUAGCGUAAGCUGCUUAAUGGAGACUCCAAAACUUCAGCUUCAAGAUAUAUCAAGUAAUGGAUGUGGAUUUGUUUACCUAAGAACAACAAAGUUGAAAGAAGGCGAGAACGUAGAACUAGAAUAUUAUCCAUCGAAAUAUGUUAUGCAAAAUCAAGAACACACUGUACGAGUGUGGAAGCGUUCUACACAGAAUCACACUAUUACAAUACGUUUGACGAAAGGUGUGUAUGAGGAAGAAAAGAAACCGAAUGAUAAAUAUGUGUUGACUAUAAUCAUGUUCAAUGAGCGAAUGAAUGGACGAUAUGAAGUUUACUGCGGCAAAUCAGCGAGCUAUUCAAAUUAUGUCGAAGUGAUAUUACCAGUUGCACCAAGCGCACCAGCAUUUGAAGGUUUAAAGGACAUAGACGACUGUAAGGGGUGUAUUGUUGGUGAGGAUGGUGAUCAGUUCAGUGUUCUCUGCAAGACAAGUGGUGGUACACAGCCAAUAAAAGUCACCAUGUCCAUAGGGAAUGAAUCACGAAGCACUACAUUAUAUUAUAAUGAAACAGUGGGUUACAUAACUUUCUUUAUUCUUCACAACAGACAUCAUAUGGCGAUUAUGACAUGCACAGUUAUGAACGAUGCAUUGACCACAGCUUUAAUCAUCACUGCACGUGUGUAUGUUAUCAAAACACCAGCAUUACAGUUAUUGGUACCACAGAUUAUCAAGGAAGGAAAUAUCGGUACUAUUACAUGCAUACUGAAUGGCGGAAGACCUGCUCCGAAUGUAACUUUAAACAUUUCCGGUAUGGAAGUGCCGUCUGUACUCAAAACAGAAAGUUACAAUGCUACCACAUCUUUAUACACGAGUGUUGUUUCCCUGACAACAUUUGAACGAAUUUGGAAUAGUGAAAACGUCGCAUGUUGUCGUUUCAAUGAAUGGUACAAGAUCACUAACGCUUGUUCCCCACCGCAACGGAUUAAUUUUAUGUUUCCACCUGAAGACAUCAAACUGGAGGUCAAAGUUGAGCAAAAACUUCCACUUGAAAUAUACGCUGUUUGUACCAUCUACAAUUCAAACCCAGAAUGUGGGGUAAACAUUAGUGCACCAAACGGAAUCAUUGUUUCAGAACGUUAUACCAGAAACGUUAGCUUACCUCAUGGCGCCUGGAAUUCGGAAUAUGCAGUAAAUUUAAAUGUCGGUAAAGACGACGAUGGUGAAAAGAUAAAGUGCACAGCUGACUGUCAGAAGUUUGCUGUCGACUUGAAGGACGUGCACUCGAUCGUAUUGCCUCAUGCACCUAUCAUUGAAUUCAACAUAUCUGGUUCAGAACUUGCAAUUUUACAAGGAGAAAAGGCACACGUAAAAUGCUCAGCAGAAAGCAUUCCUGCCUCAAACAUUGACUGGGUGGAGCAAACAGAUUGUGGAAACAUAACUAUGAAGCAAUGCCAAUUGAAAACAGACUGUGUCAUUGCUGUUGAAGCAAAUCUUAUGCAACAACGAAAGUUUAUUUGCAAGACUCAUUAUUUACAAGCAACAAACCAAAAGACCUUGACUGUAAACAUUCUUGAGAAAGAUGAGAAACAUUGCAAAGACAUGAACAACUCUGCCUCUUUAGAUAACUCAUCUAUUUGGAUUAUUCUUGGCUCUUGUUCAGCUGUCCUCUUUGUUGUUGUCAUCGUAUGCCUUAUUGCAAUAAAAAAAUUCAGGGACACUAAAGCUGAACUGGAAGUAUACAAAGUGAGAUUCAGUGCAAACCCAGAUAGAAGCGGGAACGAUGUAGAAUUGGAAGACCGUGCGUAUGUAGAAUUGAAUGAUACCAGGCAUACAACUGGGCAAUCGGAAACAUUUUAUUCUCAACUGUCUCCAUAGACUCAGCCAGAAAUGAUCAAGUGAUAGCAAUAGACAUUUCAUCCCCUGUUUCACGUCUUCAGAUAUUGAUGCAGUUCAGGGAAAAUUUCCUCAAAAGAAAUAUUGUCCUAACCGUGGAAAUGUGUGUGAAAUGAAAAGUUAAAUAUUUGAAAUUAUUAACUUGACGAAAGUGUAUCAUUUCUUAAUUGAUUUUAAAACGUCAGUUUUAACAUUUAUUUUGAAGAUGAAAAUACUCUAUUCAUCUACUAAACAUUGUAAAUACAACACUAAUUUUGCGAAUUUAUACUUUUGCUAAACCUUUCGCAUAAUACAAAUAGCCUAUAUUACAAAAAAAAAUCUUGUCCAUUGUGCGGCUUUAAGAAGAUUGAGGUACACUUGAAAUUUCCAUAUUUUGAUCAGCAAUAGAGAAAUUGUAACUUCGUAAGUGAUCACGUUUAAAACACGUUUCUAAAAUUUUAAAACCCAGAUAUAAAGUAUUAAACGUGCAUAUGUAUUUGUAUACAUGUUCAUCUGUGGAUGACGUGUUUGAGUAGAAAUGGAAACAUCUUUGGUCUAUUAUAUUAAAACCACCGACUGCGUUAUGUCCCACUAUUGUGAACUGUGUACUGGGAGGGUUGAGAGUAUUUGUAAUGAACACUGGAAAGAAAUACUGUUCACACAAAUCCGUAGCGUAUUUUUACUUUCAGACACAUAAGUGACCUUUUCAAAAGAUAUUCUUAAUUAUUAACAUACGUUUAUACAAAUUAUCUUGAUAAUGUGAUCAUAACUACAGUUGUGAUGUGUGUCAAUGUACGUUUGUUGUGUACUGCUCCGAUAGGUUUUAUGUAUAAAUCUGAAUUGUUCAGUAAAUGAGGAAAAAGAACCUGUCUGUGCGGGCUGCUCAGGCCGUUUGCGGGUCAAAGUCAGGACUGUUGACAACGAAUUCUAACACGACCAGCGAAUAACCUACAUACAUGGAGAGCAAAAUCUAUCUCGGGUUAUUCUGCAAUAAACCAUGCGAGUGCAAUGACGUCAUUCGAUCCAGGUGUGUAGCACGGUCGUAAAAGUAGUUACCAUUUUUUUCUAACACUGCUGAUACUAGUAUGUCGUGUUAAAAUCGAAAUAACAAGUUCCCAAGUGUGAUUUAUUGUAGAAUUACCCAAGUUUUUCGUUUUAUGUGAAACAAUAUAUCACUCAGGCCUACGGCCUUCGUGAUGUAUUCUUACGCAUAAGAACUCAAAACACGGGUUAUUCUACGAUAAACCACGUUUGGGAACUUAUUAUUUCUUAAAUAGAAAAGGUAAAAUAUUCUAAUGAGAAUGAGUAAUACAGACCCAGUCAUUUCAUGUCUCUCGCGUUACUUUAGUUUUUGUAAAAAUGAAAUACUUAUGUCUAGCAAAAUUUCCAAAGAAAACAUCUAGGAAUUUAUCAAUAAAUGAAAUUGAAAAGCGAAAAAAGAAAGAAAAAUUUUCAAGUGAGUCAAAUAAAUGAAAUAAAUAAUCGCUGCAAUUUACAAAAGUACACCUGGUCCCAAACAGGUUUAGUAAAAACGAUUGGGUUCUUAAGUUGUUUUUCAAGCUAAGCUCGCGACAUCAUACAAAUUUAUCAUUUAAACUGAUUUACACACUUAUUUGUACAUACUAUUUAAUUAUCUGAAUUGAUCAACUAACUAAAGUUUGUGUUUACCGAAAAGUUAUCAAAUAUUGUUCAUGCCUUUGUUUUCGUUAACUUUGUGUUUUACAAAUUUUUGUUAUUGCUUUGUACAUUUGUAUGUCGCUGAACCGCUUUCAAACACAUUUUUUCGAUGUAAAUGAGAUAUGAAACCAAAAUUUGUAGUCCUGUUUGGCGCCAUAUAACCUAUACUGUGUUGGUGCGCCGUAAAACCCAAAUAAAUAAAUAAAUUAAUUAAAACACAUUUACUUUCAUAGCCAUAAAUAACUGACAUUUCUGCUUAAGCUUGGAAUCAGUUUUGCUAAUAACGAUGCAUUAUAUCACUGUUUAACUCUUACGAGACAAAAUUUUCAGUAUUUUUCAACAAUUAGAUCUUCAUUGCCAAGCACAAACAGUUUAUAACCUUGCUUAUUGAUAUUGCGCUUCUAAACCAAAUAACUCUCAGAUUCAGAAAUGAGCGUAAAAGUUCGAAUACUUUGAAACAUUUUUUUCCAGAAUAGUAUGUUGUUUCAUGUUAAACUUUUGUCAACCCUGUUGAAUGUGGUAAUCCGAAUUUUAUAUUCGUGUCGUAAAAUCACCCCUCUGUGCACUGACAUUAAAAAAGCCGACAUUAUCCAUGUCUGCAUCUUCAAAAAAAGAAAAUUUAUUUGGACUUACAUUAUUAGAGAAUAUUGACCCCAUACCUCGCAUUGAGGUAAUGAUGAUAUAAGCCCUAAUUGUUUACUCUGUUUUCUUGCAUGAAUGUUUUUAGAACUAAAAACCAGAAAUUAUACGAGGUUUAUUUUUAUAUUACUAGUACAGUCAAACCUGUGUUAAAGACCACCUAUGAACAGAGACAACCAGGCUCUAAAGAUCACAUGUUUUGUUUCCCAUUUUAACAUUUACAGUGUAUUUUAACCUGUGAAUAAAGACCACCCCUGGUAGAGACCACAUUUUGGCUCUCCCAAGGGUAGUCUCUAUAGACAGGUUUGACUGUACUUCAAUUUUUUUAAAGUAUUUCUGGCCGAACGUCAAAAAGAGUUGUGUUUUUAAAGUGGUUGAGUGCACGUAAUCAAAUCAAUGUACACACACAUAAUUUGACUCAUUAUAAUAUUACUUCCCCAAUAUUGUCAGGUUAUAAUUUAGCAUGUGAAGCAUAACACGGAAUAUGUUUUUGUUGUUGUCGGCGUUGUUGUUGUUUUGUUUAAUUUCACACCGACAUGAACACUCUUUUGUCUAGCUAAUAAAGCAUUCAAAAUUUAUACUGUAUUUGCAGUACUGAGAAUAAAAUUACCAACUUAAUAUACAAGCAGUUACUUUGAAUAAUUAUCAUAAUCAAUUUAUUUUGUAUUUGUAUAUGGAUUCUUUACAUUUGUUAUCCUUUGCUUUUGUAUUAAAAAUUUAGAAAAUAGGCAAAUGUUUCUUACUUUACAUGGCUUAAUGUUUCUUACUUUUGAUGCAUGGUAUGUUAAAAAAUGUUAAAAUUCUAGUUUGCAUUGCUCGUAUUUCGAGCAAAAUUAUGAUUUUAAAUGUCAUAUACUUUUUCGCUUGAUUUUGAUUCUACAGAGUCCAAUUAGAUAACCUAGAUGUUUUUGUACUAAACAAAUGAUACUGACGAAUCUGAAUUUGUUUGCAAUAUAGCUUUCAUUUAUAAAGUAUAAAAGGUGUGUGAAUGUAUAAAACAAAA